AUGGCAUCCCACGCUGAGGAACCGCCAGCUUCAUCCUCGCAAGCCUCAGGCGAGCUUGUCGCCCCAGAAGGGCCUGAAAAGCGACGUCGUGCCAGACACCCCAGGCCGCGAUGGUGGUUCUUGCUAGCUUACUUGGCUCUUGCGUCAACCUCUGUUGGGCUUUGCUUCUUUUACUUCACUUCUCACUCAAUCAGCCAUCUCGGCAGCCUCCAAAGCACCGCAACGACAGACAUGUACCAUGAGCCACUGGGUGUCUACGUCGAUGUCCUUGUCAUGCUCGACUCGUAUGCCGCAAACUUUCUGCGUUUCGCCCUAUGGACCCAUUCAUCUCAGCUAUCCGACAUCCCUAACCUCGUUGACCAAGUCUGCCACAACAUCACCGAGCAUGGCGUCAUCUGGAACCCAUCUAGCGACAGUGGCCUCCACCAGUUAGAGCUUGACUGGCUCUUGUGGCCGACCGACGAACGAGACAUAACCGAGCCUCGAGAUACUUCACAAGACGUUAACGUGUUCAACUUUUGUUCUCGCACCGCCACCGCCGCUCGGGAUGCCAUUUUCGCCCUCACUAGGCUUUCCAUCAAAGCCCGUCACUACAGCGCCGACGAUACCAUCCUUCUUCUUGAGUGGCUCGCCAGGUUUGUCCGUGAAGACAUCCUCACGGCCCAUGAGGCAAAGCUGAGCAAGAUGCCUCGGCCAACCAUUCCCGUUGACCGAAGAAUUCAGAGUGGAGGGCCUCCGACAAGGGGUCCAGAAGAGCCACUUACAAAAGCACAAAACAAAACACGGCGCUGCGAUCUUUCCACGAUGCCUGCAGCGCACUUGAACGAGUCUAAGGCGAUGCGAAACUUGAAUCUUCUACUCAAAGGACCACUCUCUCUAAACAGUGUGGCAAACAAUGGCGAGCUGAUCAUGUCGACGAUGGAUUCCAUGCGCCGACUGGAGCACACUCUGGUGAGCCUUGAUGUUUGGCUUAAGAAUCUCACCACCAUUUCUGUCAAGGCGAACGAGAAGGCUGUCUCGGCUUCCAAAGCGGCCAAGCCCGCAAACUUCCUAUCGGUUGCCUGGAACUCACUACGACGGAUUCCGGCCAAGCCCAGCCUCCCAACUAUCAACACCAACGUGCUCUGCCAGGCAACAUCCAACGUGAGCAGGGUUCUCGGGGAGGCACUCCUCUUGCAGUCCCAAACGCAGAAAGUGCUGGCGUGCGAAAGAGCAGUGCAGAAGACCGUGAGCCAGCUGCUAAAGUCCAUCAAGCCGCCUAAUCUCAAGGACCCUUCAGCGAGGUUGAAGACUGGCGGGUGGGUGGUGGAGAGGAAGAGACGUGAGAGAGCUUCCAUGGGGCGGACACGCGCCUUGCGGGAGUGUGAGGGGCUGUUGAUGAAGGAGCACUACCCAGAUCACCUGAGCCACCAAGAUGUAUUAGCUAGCCUGCAAGAAUGGGACGAGGCAUCUGGCGGAGACGAGGUGGAGCAUGAUACCUUUGAACUGUUUGUACCGGACCCAUCUGAGGUCUUUCAGCUGCUGUAUUGGUCUUGGGGCAACCUAACUCAUCUUGAUACCUGGAUGUGGGAGAAGCUGUAG